CCGUGCUGCACCGUCUUGUACCGUUUUUAAAAAGAAAUCAAAACUCUUGAAUCGGUUCUCUACGUUUCGGAUGGGCCUUUGUCAGACACCCACUUAUAAUCGGAAUUAAAAACCCUUCCACAGAUCUCUCUGAAUUUUCGCCGAUCAAUUCGCUCUAUUUUUUUGUUCAAUUUUUUUUAAUCUUCUGCUUUUCAAUUUUCUUUUCGGAGAUCCUCUUGAAAAUCUUCCGCUGUUUAAUCGCCGGGAAAUUUUUUUUUCUAAAUUUUCCGGCGAGAAAACCAUGGGGUCGAUCAAUGAUACGUCGGCGGUGAUCGCUUAUGCCCUCAAAGACGCCUCUAAUUUUUGGGAUGAUAUCAACAAGUCACCUGUUUGGCAAAAUCGAAUUUUUCAUGUUCUCGCUGUACUCUAUGGCUUGGUUGCCUUCAUUGCUCUGAUCCAACUUAUUCGAAUAGAACUGAGAGUUCCCGAGUAUGGUUGGACAACACAGAAGGUUUUCCACUUUCUUAACUUCUUGGUGAAUGCGGUUCGUUCAUUGGUCUUUGUAUUCCGUCGGAAUGUGCAAUUGAUAAAACCUGAGAUUUUCCAACAUGUCUUGCUUGAUAUGCCAAGUCUUGGUUUCUUCACAACAUAUGCACUGUUAGUUCUGUUCUGGGCUGAAAUAUACUAUCAGGCACGUGCUAUAUCAACCGAUGGGCUGAGGCCAAGUUUCUAUACCGUUAACACUGUUGUGUAUAGCAUCCAGAUAGUGUUGUGGUUAAUUUUGUGGUUGAAGCCCGUCUCUGUUGUACUCAUCCUGUCCAAGGUCUUCUUCGCAGGUGUGUCAUUUUUUGCGGCCCUUGGGUUUCUUCUCUAUGGAGGGAGACUCUUCCUAAUGCUUCAACGCUUCCCUGUUGAGUCAAAAGGUCGGAGAAAGAAGUUACAGGAGGUUGGCUAUGUGACAACCAUUUGUUUCUCAUGUUUCCUAGCAAGAUGUAUCAUGAUGUGCUUCAAUGCAUUUGAUAAAGCCGCUGAUCUUGAUGUUUUGGACCAUCCAGUUUUGAACUUUGUAUACUACCUGUUGGUGGAAAUUCUACCUUCUAUUCUGGUUCUUUUCAUACUGAGGAAGCUCCCACCCAAACGUAGUAUCACACAGUAUCACCCCAUUCGAUGAGAGAAUUGAAGAAGUCAUUUGAUAGCUGGGAGACCUGCGAAGCAGGGACUAAUGGAUGGCUUGGUUUUGGAAAAGCACAUCUACCCUCUUUAAGUAGAGAUGCAUGCAACCAAAGGGUAGCAGGAAACGGUUUCUGCACAUCUCGGACACACUCAUCUUUUAGCAUCUAAACAGGGGUCUCUGUUCCUGGUAAGUGUUGUAGAUUAUUAAAAAACAAACAUCUUGAUGAGAGGAUUGUGAAUUCUUGUGACCCACUUUAGUGUAACUUUUGAUUGGUUUUGUUUAAUAUUGUUGUUAUAACAGAUGGUUUAUUGUGUUG